AUGCCCAGAAGAGCCCAUAACCUCCUCUCGGCCACGAGGGGGCGCGUCCGUGCUUCUAUGAACAAGGGCAAUCUUUUCAACUUGUUCAAAAAGGGCCCCACCAAGUACAACCAACAGACAUUGUACCAGCAAAAAUGGAAAGCCAAGCAGGAAACCAGAGCCUACCACGGAGAGCACUUGGGAGAAAAGCGCUGGAAGGCCGUUUUCAAGCCAAACCUUAAUUCCGUGGCCCAGUUGGAUGCUUCUUUGCAGGGUAAGAAGGUCAACUUCACGCCUAAUGCCAUGCAGACAUAUGCUACUUUGGAGAAGAGACUUGAAGUGGCUCUUUUCAGAGCCAUGUUCGCCUCGUCCGUCAGACAGGCUCGUGAGUUCAUCAAAGGUGGCCACGUGAAGGUGAACGGUGUGGUGAUGAAGCACCUGUCUUUUCCUUUGAGCAGUGGAGAUAUCUUCAGCAUUAACCCAGAGAAGGCUCUUCUAGCCAUGGGCAGAGUCAAGCCUAGUUUGGAACAGGCUGUUAAAGUCGACAAAAAGCAGAUUGGUGCUUGGAACAACUACGUCAAGACAGCCAAGCAGCAUCCUAAGGAAGUUUGGGAAUUGAAGCAGAACAAGCCUCCCACCUUGAACACCUUGAACGACCAGGCCGCUUCCAAGACUGUCUCCGCCAAGUCGUACAAUGAGGGUCUUGAAAAAGCUAUGCUCGAGGAACAGAGAAAAACCACCAGAGAGUCUAUCUUGUCUAAGAUCUUGACGGUGGCUGCUAACAAGCCAGUGGAGGAACUCCAACCUGAGGCCUUCAAGAGCAUACUUCCCAACAGAGACGAUGCCUCCAAGGCUUUGAACGCAUACAAGAUCUUGAAGGAGGCCGAGGCUUCCGUCGUUGGCAAGACUUCUGUGGAAGAUUGCAAGAAGUACAUCUCCACCAAGUCCACCGAAUUCAAGAGCAAGGACGAGGCCAGGAUUGCCUCUCAGGCCAAGAAGAUUUUGCUGGAAGUUCUCAGCUCCCAUUUGGAGUUCCUCCGUAUCAACUGCGAGAACUCCAAGAUUCCCGAGGGCUCCAUCUCCAUGCCUUAUAGCCCAGACUUCGCUAAGAAGUUGAAGACUCACGCCAAGUUGGACAAGGAUGCUAUUCUUGAGGAUGAGAGCACUGCUAAGGUUAAUUUGCCCUGGCAAAAGGGUCUUUUCGGCCGUCAGGACCCAUCGAAGCCAUACUUCUCGCCAUGGACACCCAGACAGUUCCUCGGAGCCUUUGCGGUGUUGCCUCACCACCUUGAAAUCUCGUUCGAGACAUGUCAUGCUGUUUACUUGGCAGACCCUGUUGCCAGACCAGGCCACUCCGAGGUGAUUUCUCCUUAUGGUCUUCCCACCCACGAGAGAGCUUUCUUGUACUACGCCAGAAAGGGAAUCCUUGAACAAGCUAAGAACGAACUACGGUGGAUCCAGAAUGAACUACCGUCUCUGCAGUGGAGAAACGCCAUAAUCAGACGAGGUCAACUCGAACCUCUUCAAUACAUCCUAGGGUCUCAGCCGUUUGGACCAUUAGAUAUCAAAUGCCGCAGAAACGUGCUUAUACCGAGAUGGGAAACGGAAGAAUGGGCGAUAAAGGUGGCAGAAAAGGCCAACGGUAAAAAGUUGAGUGUGCUUGAUGUCUGCACCGGUUCAGGCUGUGUAGCUUUACUACUCAAGCACCAUAUUGGCGGACAGGUAACAGCCGUGGACUUAUCAGAUGAUGCAAUUGCAUUGGCCGAAGAAAACAAGGAAAGUUUGAAGUUAGAUGUGGAGAUCCACAAGGGUGAUGUCCUACAAGACAAGUUCUACAGUACGCAUUUCCAUAAACCGUUCGAUCUUGUGGUGUCGAAUCCACCGUACAUUCCAAAAGAAGACUACGAGGCGCCCGUGUCUGCCAAUGGAACGGAGAGAUCGGUGAAGCUAUACGAACCAAGAAUGGCGUUAUCGAGAACGUCGUGA